AUGGAUAAUGGAGCUCAAGAAUCGGACAUGUCUGUGAUCCUAGUAUCGUCCGGAUACGAUCAGACAAUUAAAUUUUGGGAGGCACUGAGCGGAAUAUGUUCACGGACGAUUCAGAAUAGUGAUGCGCAAGUGAAUCGGAUGGCAAUUACACCAGAUAAGCGGUUUUUAGCGGCGGCAGGUGCGCGAACAAUUCGACUUUACGACAUUCGGUCCAACAACCCGAACCCAACUCUUGUUUUCGAAGAUCACACGGCAAACGUUACUGCGGUUGCGAUUCAAGCAGAUGGCAAAUGGCUAGCGUCAAGCUCAGAGGAUGGAACAGUAAAGGUAUGGGAUAUGCGGACGGGCCAUGUGCAACGCAACUAUAAGCACGAUAGCGCUGUCAAUGACGUUGUAAUUCACCCGAACCAAGGUGAGCUAAUUUCUUGCGAUAAUGAUGGUAAUGUGCGGAUCUGGGACUUGGGCGAGGACAAGUGCACUCACCAGCUGAUACCCGAGGACGAUGUACCGAUGCGGUCAGUGUCGGUGGCGUCGGAUGGGUCGUUGCUUGUUGCUGGUGACAACAAGGGCAACGUGUAUGUGUGGCGGCUAGUCAAUACCAAGGAAGCAACGGUGGUACAAGCGGUGACCAAGUUUCGUGCACAUGGCAAGUACAUUACUAAAGUUCUGCUGUCACCGGAUGUGAAGCACUUGGCCACAUGUAGUGCAGACUUUACGGCACGCAUUUGGUCGACGGAGGGCGCGCAGUUUGCGCUGGAAACUACGUUACAGGGUCACGAGCGGUGGGUGUGGGAUUGCGCAUUUAGUGCGGAUAGUGCGUACUUGGUGACGGCAUGCUCGGACCAUUAUGUACGCCUGUGGGAGCUGGGCUCUGGGCAGAUUAUUCGACAAUACAAUGGGCAUCAUAAGGGUGCCAUUUCAGUGGCACUGAAUGAUGUUUAA